AUGCUAUUAAUAUUACUCUCUUUAGUGUGUGCUAAAAGAACUACAGGUCCUGUGUAUAAAAAGCUAUUUGAACAGAUAUCUGAUACAAAUUAUGUCCACAAUAUUGAUUCCACAUUAUUACUCUAAUACAAUAGCUAUCCUGGAGUGUAUAGUAUGGAAUUGAGUGGACUUAUGGAUGGAGAAUUCAAACCAAUCCAAUAAAAUGUUACUCUUGAUCCAUUCACUCUACCAGGAUGUCAUUAAUAUCAAAGAAGAUUAAUUCAUAAACAUUUAGCUGAUCAAUAAAUUGAGUCAGAAGAAUCAUCUUUCACUGAUAUGUACAUUGAUGGUGAUGCUGUUUUUGUCACAAGAAAUGAUAAUGCACUGUUUUAAUUUGAAAUCAAACUUGAUGUAGAAAAUAGAAAAAUUGUAGGCUUAGAGUUUAAAGAGAAGUACGAAAAUGGAGGUUUUAGCCAACAACAUUAACUUAUUUGUUAUAAUAAAGUUUGCUUAAUCUUAGGAGAAGAAGGUUAAACCUUUAUUUAUAAAGACAAUAAUACUACCUAAGUUAACUUAACCUCUAUAAUUGGUGAAUUUAGGGAUUUUCCCAAAGAUGUUUACUUUGAUGAAAAAUCUAAGCUAAUCUAUAUUUGUUAUGAAAACUCAUUUGUGGAUGUGUUGCAAUUCACGAAUGAUAAGAGUAUCGAAAAAGUGAAAACGAUAACGGCUGGUUAGAAAAUAGUCUAGAUUAGAACGAAUCCUGAAAGCACUAUUCUCUACCUACUUGAUUAGUAGGUGGGAUUGCUGUCUUAUAAGAUUGUCUCUGUAUUAGAAUAUAUUUAAAAUUCUUUUUAAAUUACCUUACAGAAUUGCAUGGCCUUCGACUUUUAUUAAAAUACAUUCUUCAUAGUGGCUGAAACCUAAGAUAGCAUUCCUUAUGCAUUGGAGGUCUUAUCGGAAGAUGAUAGAUAUUAUUUCAAUAAAAUUUAUUCUAAAGACAUGGACAUUUAUGAUGUUUGGGUGGGAGAACACUUUGCAAUCCUCAUUGGAGCUGAGAUUCACAGAGUCAUCUAUCAUUCUGUUUAUAAUAAAUUUGUUGAAUAAACCGAGAUUCCUUUAUUCUUCUAAGAUGUAAACCUAGUUAAUGUGGAAGAAUAUAAAAAGUGGGAUAACACUUCGUAUACUGAACAAGCUAUUGAAUAAGAACCAUUUUAAGGAAUUCCUUUAGUUUAUAAAUAAUCAUUCAUGGUAGGGAUUUCUAGCAAUUAAAUAUCAGUUUUCUCCAUCAAGUCAUUAUUACCUUGGGUUUAAUGUAAACCAACUAGCACAAAUGAUACAAAAUAUAGUUUAAAAAUGAAUUCAACAUCUUGUUUAUCUAAGCAAAAAGAAAAUGAUCAUACAGCAUUUAAAUAAUGUGUUAUCUUACAUAAUUUCACCAUUACAGGAAAGGAGAUUCUUUUUUAUGAAGAGGAUCAAAAAACAAUAAUAAUAGUUGGAUGCAUUUUAGUUGGACUAGUCAUUUUAUUAAUAUUGUUAGCAGUGGUUGCAAUUGUAUAUGGAAAUUACCGUAUUAAUUAUUAUAAGAAUCUCCCUCACGUAAUACUUGAUGAGCAAGAACUUUAGAAUGUUCAAGUAGAAAAUCCUGAAAAUUGA